ACCCGAAAGUGAAGAUUAUGGGAUCAAGUCAGUAUCGCUUUCGUACUUCACAAAUCGACAUCACAAUCCUCGGCUCUUAAAUAUCCCGCGUUGCCUGCAAAUGAGAUUCAAGGCAAAGCAGUGCAGCCUCCCACUCCUGCCCCAAGCCGACAUUGGUUUAGAACACGAGGCGCAACAGCCAUCAGGAACCAGGUUAAUGAUUUAAAAGAAUCCGGUAGAGAAAGCCGUUCUGUAGGUUAUACGCAAAGUGCUUGUCGAGGAUCAUUUGAUGUCAUAGAAAUGGCAACACAUAUCUUCAUAGACAAAGAGAAUGGAGAAACCGGCACAGCCACUGCUACUAAGGAUCGACUAAAACAAACUAUGGCACCUUCAAAAGUGUUUGUAGAAAGGUCUCAUCCUAAAACCCCUCUUGUUGGAAGGACAGCUAAUGUGAACCUAACAGAAUCUCAAUCAGUCAGGAAGGUUCUGGGAAGUUUGAACAGACCUCUAGCAACAACAAAGAGUCAGUUCCCUAAAGGAAAAAAGUUAUUGUCAAAAAAGGCAAAUGAAAAUACAAGCAGAACUGAAGACAACAGCAUGAUUCCUGAAGAAUGUCCAGAAAAGGAGAAUCUUUCUUAUAAUCCUCUAGAUUUUGAGAGUUUUGAUGUUCCUGAAGAGCACCGGCUGAGCCAUAUGUCUUUGACUGGAGUUCCUCUUAUGACAUUUGAUAGUGCACCUGAUAGAUUUGCAAGCAGCAUCCCUCUGCCUGCAAAACCUUUAAUUUCAUGGGACUAUGAUUGCCUGCAGUCAACUAAGAAUUUUCUGGCCACUCUGGAUGAAAUAGUAAUUGAUCUUCCCCCUCCCUUGUAACAAGUAAUAACCUAUAUUUUAAAGUUGUAUUUUUGAACAACGUUGUAACUCGUUCAAUGUUAUAAUAAGAACUUGUAGUUAUAAGUA